AUGAGGAUGCUCCGUGCACUGCGCUUUGCUCCAAAGCCUGGCAAGCUCUGGCCCAGAGGCGUCUCCACAUCACCAUGCCCCGGUCUCGAUGCAGAGGUGGUGAUUGCGGGGGGGGGGCCCACUGGCCUCAUCACCGCUCUGCUCCUGGCACGCUGGGGGGUGCGCAGUUUGGUGGCCGAGCGCAGCACCGCGCUGACUCAGCACCCCCAGGCCCACCUCAUCAAUCACCGCUCCAUGGAGGUCAUGCGCGCCGUGCCAGGCCUGACGGACCAAAUAUGGGCUGGAGUGCCCCCCCUGGACCAGUGGCGGAGCUUCGUCUACUGCGGCAGCAUGCUGGGCGACCUGCUGGGCAGCGUGGACCACUUUCCGGGCCAGGCAAGCCCCCACCUGCCCCUGCUGUCGCCCGAGCCGGUGACCCACCUGUCUCAGCACAAAUUGGUGCCGCUGCUAUGGCAGGCGGCGCUGGCCGAUCCCCUGGUCCAGGUGCUGGCAGGGUGCAGCGUGCGCAGCGUGCGCCCCGGCGAGGGCCACGUGGAGGUGGACAUCCAGGAGAGGGCCGCCGGCAUGCUGCGCACGCUGCACGGCGCCUACCUGGGGCGGCGGCUGCGUGGCAGGGAGGGCAUGCUCUAUUUUGUCUUCUCCCCGGCCACCAUCGCGGUGGUGGUGGCCCACAACAUCUUGGAGGGCGAGUUCGUGGCGCAGAUCCCCUACUUCCCGCCCCUGCAGUCCGCCGCAGACUUCACGCCGGGGGCGUGCUCGCGCCUGGUGGCCGCCGCCAUCGGCGACCCUGCGGUGCCUGUUGAGCUGCGCACCGUCAGACCUUGGGCCAUGAGUGGGCUGGUGGCGGCCACCUACCAGCCGCACAGCCGCCUGUUUUUGGCGGGGGACGCAGCGCACGUCUUUCCCCCCUCCGGCGCGUUUGGGAUGAACACCGGCAUCCAGGAUGCACACAACCUGGCCUGGAAGCUGGCUGCGGUGCUGGGCAAGGAGGCACGCCCCUCCCUGCUGCACUCCUACUCCGCGGAGAGGCGGCCUGUGGCACUGGCCAACAUGCAGCUGAGCGUCCAGAACUUUUAUGAGGCGCUACGCAUCCCAAAACUCAUGGGGCUGGACUACCACACCGCCCUGCGGCUAAACGACACCCUCACCUCCCCCGCGGUCGCCUGGCUGCCCCCCGGCCUGCGCCGGUCGGCGCUGGAGGCCGGCCUGGCGCUGGGUCAGGCGGCGGCGCCCGCGCUGGGUACGCUGCGCUCGCGCGACAUCCGCGCCGCGCUGGAGGGCGGGGAGACGCUGCGCCUGCAGUACCCCAAGGAGGACCUAGGCUUCGUGUAUCGCAGCCCGGACGCCGCACUGGCGCCCUCGGCUGCCGACCUGGCGGAGGUGGACCUGGCGGCGCGGCCGCGGCCGCGGCACGCGCCCUACACCCCCGCGACCCUGGUCGGAGGGCGGUUGCCCCAUGCCGCGGUGGAUGCCGUCAUCUCCCGCGGUUGGCUGGCCGGGGGGGCGGCUGGGCCGGCCUCGACCGUGGACCUGCCCUGCCUGGCCGCCAGCCCCACGCCCCUGCUCCUCCUGCUGCCUUCCGGAUACGAGGCUCUGGAAAGGAGGGCAUGGCUGGCCGCUGCCGAACGGCUUGGCCCGCAGGGGGUGCUUCCUGUGGUCCUGCAUCUCGGCCCUGCCCCAGCGGGGGCCGCCGCCGAGCGAACCAAUGCCCUGGAGCUGCAGUGUGACCCGGCAUCGGGUGCUUGGGCGACUACGGGGGGCGCGCGGGUGCUGCUGGUCCGGCCGGAUGGGCACAUCGGGGCCAAGUGGAGCGAGCGGGUGGCCGACGCGGCGCGGGCGCAGGGAGCCCUGGAGCAGGCGCUGGCUGCUGUUAUGCAUUGCGCCUUAACCUGA